UCGCUUGAGAAAAGAAUGAUAUUGAAUAAUGAAUUGUAGUGAAUUGCACUUCAAUUCGUCAAUAAUAUAUUUCUCUCAAUUAAAUUGCCAUGGCUUAUCAUGGAAAAAUACUUGUAGAUUAAUAAAUUCAACGUGUGCUAGUGAGUGAGUGUAACGUAUGGUUGUUUUUUGUUAAUUUGGACUGCAAUUGAAAUAAUGAUAACGAAAAUGCAACCUCAAGCGAAUGUUGCCGUGCCGCAAGCUGUCACGACUCAGCCUCAACAAAUUGUGGGGGUUGCAGCUAAUGCCGUGAUAUUAAAAAUGUCUGAUAUACAGCAAAUAUCUACCGUUGGACUAUUGGAGCUCGCGCAUAGAGAGUACCAAGCGGGGGAUUAUGAUAACGCUGAAUUACAUUGUAUGCAGUUAUGGCGACAGGAUGCUACAAAUACUGGUGUCUUGUUACUUUUGUCUUCUAUACAUUUUCAAUGCCGACGACUUGAUAAAUCGGCGCAUUUCUCGACACUGGCUAUCAAGCAGAACCCAUUGUUAGCCGAAGCUUAUAGCAACCUGGGGAAUGUCUACAAAGAGAGGGGUCAGCUGCAAGAGGCGUUGGAGAACUACAGGCACGCUGUGCGGCUGAAGCCUGACUUCAUAGAUGGGUACAUCAACUUGGCCGCGGCGCUGGUGGCCGCGGGAGAUAUGGAGCAAGCUGUGCAGGCCUACGUCACGGCUCUGCAGUACAAUCCAGAUCUUUACUGCGUUAGAAGCGACUUGGGCAAUUUGCUCAAGGCAUUGGGACGACUGGACGAGGCAAAGGCAUGUUACUUGAAAGCUAUUGAAACACGACCAGACUUUGCUGUAGCAUGGAGUAACUUAGGGUGCGUUUUUAACGCACAAAGUGAAAUCUGGUUGGCAAUCCAUCAUUUCGAAAAGGCUGUGGCUUUGGACCCCAAUUUCUUGGAUGCAUACAUAAACCUUGGAAAUGUACUGAAGGAGGCUAGAAUUUUUGACAGGGCAGUAGCUGCUUAUUUGCGAGCGUUGAAUCUAUCACCUAACAAUGCUGUUGUCCAUGGAAACUUGGCGUGUGUGUAUUAUGAACAAGGUCUUAUUGACUUAGCUAUUGACACUUAUAGAAGAGCAAUUGAAUUGCAACCAAAUUUCCCCGAUGCCUACUGUAAUUUGGCGAAUGCUCUCAAGGAAAAAGGCCAAGUCGUCGAUGCUGAGGAAUGCUACAAUACGGCACUUAGACUGUGUCCAUCUCAUGCUGAUUCUCUUAACAACUUGGCGAACAUUAAACGUGAACAAGGAUACAUCGAAGAAGCGACUCGUUUGUACUUGAAGGCCUUAGAAGUUUUCCCAGAAUUUGCUGCCGCUCACAGCAACUUGGCGUCUGUUUUACAACAACAAGGGAAACUUAAUGAAGCCCUCAUGCAUUACAAGGAAGCAAUUCGCAUUCAGCCAACAUUCGCUGAUGCAUACAGUAAUAUGGGCAAUACGCUCAAAGAAAUGCAAGAUGUCGCUGGCGCCCUACAGUGUUAUACAAGAGCUAUUCAAAUUAAUCCCGCGUUCGCCGACGCUCACAGUAAUCUCGCUAGUAUUCACAAGGACUCAGGGAACAUUCCAGAAGCCAUACAGUCGUACAGGACGGCGUUGAAACUCAAACCGGACUUCCCUGACGCGUAUUGCAACUUGGCGCAUUGUUUGCAAAUCGUGUGCGAUUGGACGGAUUAUGAGGCGAGGAUGAAGAAACUAGUUAGUAUUGUAGCUGAGCAGCUCGAAAAGAAUAGACUACCAUCGGUACAUCCGCAUCACUCUAUGCUGUAUCCACUGACACACGAUUUCAGAAAGGCUAUUGCCGCCCGUCAUGCCAAUUUGUGUUUAGAGAAAGUGCAAGUAUUGCACAAGCCUCCAUACAAAUUCCCUCGCGAUUUGCAAGGGCGCUUGCGUAUCGGAUACGUUAGCAGCGAUUUCGGUAAUCAUCCGACGUCCCAUCUUAUGCAAUCCGUGCCCGGUCUACACGAUCGCGCUAAAGUCGAGAUCUUCUGUUAUGCGCUCAGCCCCGACGAUGGAACAACAUUCCGCUCUAAAAUCGCCCGGGAAGCGGAACAUUUCAUUGACCUAUCGCAAUUACCCUGUAAUGGUAAAGCGGCUGAUAAGAUUUAUGGAGAUGGAAUUCACAUUCUCGUGAACAUGAAUGGAUAUACAAAAGGCGCUAGGAAUGAAAUAUUCGCCCUGAGACCAGCUCCGGUUCAGGUCAUGUGGUUGGGUUAUCCCGGAACUAGCGGAGCGAGUUAUAUGGACUAUUUAGUUACAGACGCCGUGACGUCACCUUUGGAAUUGGCUAGUCAAUAUAGCGAAAAGCUCGCAUACAUGCCGCACACCUAUUUUGUCGGUGACCAUAAACAAAUGUUCCCGCAUCUACAAGAGAGGCUAAUUCUUAGCGACAAAAUUAAAUCGCACAAUAAUUUAGGAAGUGUCGCUGAUAACGUGGCUGUCAUUAAUGCUACUGAUUUAUCACCGCUAGUGGAAAAUACUGACAUAAAGGAGAUUAAGGAAAUCGUUAGAGCAGCAAGACCUGUGGAAAUUUCGUUGAAGGUUGCCGAGUUGCCAACCACUACACCUAUUGAGACUAUGAUCGCUUCAGGACAAGUACAGACAUCCGUAAACGGGGUUAUCCUGCAAAACGGUCUGGCCACAACGCAAACAAACAACAAGGCAGCCACCGGCGAAGAAGUACCACAAUCCAUAGUUAUAACAACGAGACAACAGUACGGUUUGCCCGAUGACGCAGUUGUGUAUUGCAACUUCAACCAAUUAUACAAGAUAGACCCCCUGACGUUGCACAUGUGGGUGUAUAUUCUGAAACAUGUGCCGAAUAGUGUGCUAUGGCUAUUGAGGUUCCCGGCGGUUGGUGAACCGAACUUGCAAGCUACGGCACAACAAUUGGGUCUCCCACCAGGUCGCAUAAUAUUCUCAAAUGUAGCGGCCAAAGAGGAGCAUGUGAGACGAGGCCAGUUGGCUGACGUUUGCCUGGACACGCCACUGUGUAACGGACAUACAACUAGCAUGGAUAUAUUGUGGACUGGCACCCCUGUGGUCACAUUGCCUGGAGAGACGCUGGCUUCAAGAGUUGCGGCUUCACAAUUGAACACGCUCGGAUGUCCGGAACUAAUUGCCCGGACACGGCAGGAGUAUCAAGAUAUAGCUGUAAGACUAGGAACUGAUAGAGAAUACCUCAAAGCGAUCCGCGCAAAAGUGUGGGCCGCGCGCACGGAGAGCCCGCUGUUCGACUGCAAAGCCUACGCCACGGGGCUGGAGAUGCUCUACAGCCGUAUGUGGUCGCGGUACGCGCGCGGCGACCGCCCCGACCACGUGCAGGCGAUCGACAAAUAGGCACAACCACACUGCGACCUUGGGGAGGGCGCGGCCAAGAAGCGCCGCUGGUGUUGAGUGACAGUGACAAGUGACAGUGAUGUGACAGUGACAGUGACAGAUAGUGUCAGUGAUUGUGACGCGGCGUGCGACACAGAUUAAAAAGUGAGUUUUGCUUUGACAGUUCCCAUUGCGCGCCAUUUUGUAGAUUCGACUUAGGUACUGCCGGUAGCGUUUACUAUUACGGAUUUUGAAAUUGUGUUGUUGUAAUGGUAUUAUUUGAUUAAUAGUCACGCGUAUGGGCUAUUUUUUUAUAAUUUAAGUUAUUUUUACAUGUUAGAGAAUCAACAAAUUUUGUUUUACUAAGAUUCCUGUGGGAUGUGAUUUUCAGUUACAAUGUUAGUACAUGUAAUAGUUCAAUCUUGUUGUCCAUGUAAUAGUGAAUUAUUUUCUAUUGUUAUUAUAAAUACAAUUUGAACCGUCUCAUAAUAAAUAGUAGUAAAUAUAAUGUUGGGGUUGUUUCAAUUGAAACUGUUAUCCUGACUUAUGUUGAUUGGAUUUAAUAGGACAGAAUUUUUCAUUAGUACUUGAGUAUUAAAUGUGUAUAGAGCUACAUGUAUUUUCAAUAUUGUAAUAGUAUGAAGACCAUAAUAUGUUAUCUUAAUUCUUUACAUGUUAUGUUUUUCUUUCUGCUUCAGUUGUGUUAAUCACAUUCUUAACGAAAAGUUGUGAUUGCUGGAAGCAAUAAGUUAUUUGCAAUAAGCAUUUGUGGCCUUGUAAGCAUGUGCCAUUAGACAUUGCAAUAAUUAACAUUUAACUUAUUUCAUAGGUCUUCAUUUUGAUUGAUUAACCUGAUAAAAUGCAUCUGAGACCUUACAGAGUAUUCCUGAAACAUUAAAAGUAAUUUGAUAGUUUAAGUAAAUUAUUUUGCAGAAGUAUUUUUUUAGUAGUAAGUAAAAGACACUUAUUUUAAUAUGAUAUUGGAAAGGAAAGGUAUCGCAGUGUUUAAAAUUAUAUUAAAAUUUGAUACAUGUAAUUAGGUAUUUUAACAAAACUAUUUGGCUUUUAAUUAUAUACAUGUUAGAUGUACUGUAUUAUCAACUAUAUUCAUAUGAAUUAAAUUAAAGAAUCUCACUUAAAUGUGAGAGAGAAUACAAUGAAUAAGUAAUGUUAGAUGAGCAUAAAGCUACAGAGCAUUUGUUAUGAUAAUUGCAAACAUAGGUAUAUUUAUAUAACUGUAUUUUCAUUAGAUUAUUUUCUAAAUGAAGUAUUUGGUUGUUGUCUCAUAGGUCUAUGACCGUGCAUUGCAAGCGAUACUUGCAAAUCUUGAUGUUUUUUAAAAGAAAAGAGGGACACAGAAAAAAUGACAGUUAUAAAAAUAUAUACAAAGUUUUAGUGUCACAACAGCUAUGUUUCUAAAUAAUGUCACUAACAUGUUGAUGAAACAUUGUAGUAGCUGUAUUUGAUGUUGGACGAAAUAUGUAUUGUUUAGUGAAUAAAAUAUGUUCUUGAUUGAAACCGAACAUCUAAGAAGGAGCAAUCAUAUGUAAGACUGAAUCGGAAUGAUAUAAAUAUCUAGUGACCUUGCUUCUAACUCUCUGGAGAAAAAAUGUUUAUUCACUAGAUCUAGGUAUAAUUUAUUGAAUUAGAUCAUAAUAUUAGCGUAACGAUUUAAACAUCGAAUUUAAUGACUAAUUCAGUUAACAACUCAAAAAAUAAACUUGGUUUUGUUUGUAAUUCCUCUUAGUUUUGACAUAAGUAUUUUUGGUUUUUGGCAUUUACUUUCAUUAAUGCAAAAAAGAACAAUAAUGUGACUAAGAUUGUUAUGUAAUUUCUAAGUAGAUUAUGUUUGUGUGUUAAAAUAAUGUGAUAUAGUUAGGAGGUCGAGAAUAAAAUUCAUAAGAUAGGUAUCCACACACAUAAUGCUUGCUAUGUUGUUUAGGGAAUAAUGGACUUUUAAUACCUAUGAUUUCCUAACACAAAUAAAUUGAAAUCAUUGUAUAGCCGAUGUGGCAAUUUUUCAAUAAAA